AUGGGCGUGAAAGGUUUUGUGGAAGGAGGCAUCGCUUCCGUGAUUGCAGGGUCUUCCACCCAUCCUCUUGAUCUCAUCAAGGUCCGAAUGCAGCUCCAAGGAGAGUCAGCCUUCAAUCCUGGCUCCGUCCAUGCACCGCCACCCAAGGUGGGUCCCAUUUCCGUCGGCGUCAAAUUAGUCCAACAGGAAGGUGUCACCGCGCUUUUCUCCGGCGUCUCCGCCACCAUUCUCCGCCAGCUUCUCUAUUCCACCACCCGCAUGGGACUCUACGACGUGCUAAAACAUAAAUGGUCUGAUCCCAAUUCUGCCAGUAACACCAUGCCCCUGACCUACAAGAUCACGGCAGGGCUAAUCGCCGGUGGAAUAGGCGCAGCCGUCGGAAACCCCGCCGACGUGGCGAUGGUCCGCAUGCAAGCCGACGGGAGACUCCCUCCAUCUCAACGACGAAACUAUAAGUCCGUCGUUGAUGCCAUCACGAGAAUGACAAAAGACGAAGGUGUCACUAUUCUAUGGCGUGGCUCGUCACUCACGGUGAACCGCGCUAUGAUAGUCACGGCCUCACAACUUGCGUCUUACGACCAGUUCAAGGAGAUGAUUUUGGAAAAGGGUGUAAUGCGCGACGGGCUCGGGACCCAUGUAACGGCGAGUUUCGCGGCGGGGUUUGUGGCUGCGGUUAUGUCCAACCCCGUCGAUGUGAUCAAGACUAGGGUGAUGAACAUGAAGGUGGAGCACGGGGCGCCGCCGCCGUACUCCGGUGCACUUGACUGUGUCUUGAAGACUGUGCGUGCGGAGGGUCCCAUGGCUCUUUACAAAGGUUUUGUCCCCACGAUUUCGAGACAGGGACCCUUCACGGUUGUGCUGUUCGUCACGUUAGAACAAGUUCGCAACUUGCUUAAGGAUUUCUGA